UAAACAAUAUGGCAGAAGAUUUUGAAUGUAUGCCUACUUCUCCCUCAGAAUCCAUCGAUUUGGAGAAGUUUCGAAAGCUCGUUCGAAGUUAUAUAGAAAGGCACCACUACAAAGCAGCAGUCUUCUGGGCAGACAAAGUAGUUAGCCUGAGCAAUGGAUCUCCUGCAGACGUGUACUGGUUAGCGCAGAGUUACUACCUCACUAAGCAGUAUCAUCGAGCCAUUCUGCUGAUCAACGGCCACAAACUCACAAGGAAUGCCACCUGUCGAUACCUGGUGGCACUUUGCUACUAUGAGGUGGGGGAGUAUCACUCUGCGCUUGACAUCUUGGAGCGCAGUGAGAACAAUAAUGUGUCUCGCAUCAAAACUGAGGGGGAAGCCAUUGCUGUUCCAGAGAUCGAUGACACAAUGUCGAUUGAUUGCUCAACACAUUUAUUGAAAGGUUAUAUAUAUGAAGCUAGUGACAACCGAGCAUUAGCUGUGGAGAGCUUCCGAGCAGCAGUGCAGGCUGAUCCACUUUGUUAUGAGGCGAUACAUGCACUUACGCAGCAUCACAUGCUAACUGUGAAGGAAGAGAAAGACCUGCUGUCCUCCCUGCCCUUAUCUCGAACUUGCAGUGAAGCAGAAAGUGCUGUGGUCUUGGCAGUAUAUGAAACAAGAACCAAUAAAUACAGCUCACCCAGUACGCCAUUGCCACAGCCCGCUGCUCCACUGGCAACGAACGCUGACUUCAUUACAGCACAGGCUGAAAAGCUCUACUACAACUGCAACUUUGCACAGUGUCAUCGAUUAACACAAGAAGUACUGAAGAAAGACCCCUACCAUACAGAGUGUCUGCCUAUUCAUGUUUCCUGCUUAGUGGAGUUAAAACAGUCGAACAGCUUAAACAGCUCGCGAUGA